UAAAAAGGCCAUUUAGGCGCCGACCUUGUUGUCUUCAUAUUUAUUUUACAAUGCUACCCAUACUUUCCCUCGUAAAAUUUUUUAAACGACCCUUUUCCUUACUCCUCUCUAUUCUUUUUGUACACUCUCUUGCUUGCUCCAAUUUUGCUCCUAUUCAUUCAACGACCAUUUCUCAUCGCCCGCUCAUUCAACUAAACAACUAUUCCCCAUCCGUCAUUUCCCAAACAACCCUUUUCUUUAAUCCUGUCCAUUCCCCAUACUCCAACUCUCCAUCUAAAAUUUUUAGAGAAAAAAUAGUAGGCAAGUCUCACGCCACAAAGGACCUCUCCACAAAUGUUUGUUAG